AAUAAAAUAAACAAAUAAAAACAACAUCUAAAAGGUAUUGUAUUCAACAAAAAAAUAAUGCAAGUCGGUAGAUUAUUAGGGAAUGUUAAUAUACGAUUAAUUAAAGUAAUGUUAAUUAAUCGCAAGCCCAAAAAAAGUAGUGUUCAUCAAAAAGUCUGAACCCUAUAAAAAUUAUAACCUCAAAGAAUAUUUAAUAGGGGGCAACCCUUUAUAAAAUGUGCUUUGAGGCUAUGACUCGUUUUCCCAUACUAUCUGUUGACACGUGACUGUCAAGGAGGCAUUUAUUUUCUACAAAUCAUCGAGAAAUUAACCCAAUGGACCCGUUACGACGAAAUCCGAUUCUGGCUGUGAUCAAGUGCGAGAUGUGUCCCAACCGAGUGUACCACUUCGUGACAGGACUGUGCGCCCGCUGCCUGACCAUUUGGUGCGGAAAGAGGCAGCCGGACGGGAUGCGGUUCAGCCUGGAUCAAACUCGUUCGGUCAUUGUUAGCAUGGUCCGGGGUCCUCAGGACCUGAGCCAAAUGGACCCCGUUUUCAAGCAAGCGAUAGAUGAGGUCAGGUUGCAGCGCCUCCAGAAGGUCGAGCUUUUCCAAAAGUUGCGCCACCAGUUCCAACUCGGAGUGCUCCACACACCGUUUCACGAUCCACAGCCCCAAUUUGUCACCGAGGAGGGUUAUUGGAAUGUUCCGGAAAUCGCCGAUUCAGAUUUACAGAUGUUUCAGAACGAAGUUGACCUGCUGAGCGAUGUGCCCCGGCAGUCACUAGCUGACCUUGACAAGAACAACAAUGAGUUCGAUUAUUUUAACGAUUAGAAUUUAUGUGCAAAUGUUUUCCGUUAGACAGAAACAAAUUUAUUGCAAAAUACACUUAUUUUAAAAUGA